AUCGCUGCAUACCUAUACAAUCACCUGAUUGUAGUCCGAUUGCGCGAUUGUACAAGAUUGUAAAAAUUAUAAUGUGCGUUCUUUGGCCAAAGAUUCAAUAUAAAUAUGUUAUUUCUCAUCGACAAGAUCUAUUCUCACUAAAAAAUCAUUGCAAAAUCGCGCAAGACAACAUUCAGGUGAUUGUUCAAGUGAUUGUAGUCAUUGUAUGG